AUUGUUGUUUUCAUCACAAAUCUGUGGUUUUUUCAUUGCUGUCUUUAGAAAAAGAAAAACUAUUUAGAACUUUUAAAAAUAAUCAAUUACACUAUUAUUUUUUAAAUAUUUAUCAAGUUUUUUAUAUAAAUUAUUUGUUGUGACGUACAAAAGAAGUAACUAACGCAGAAAAAAAACACAAAUACAUUGCUGCUUUAUUAAAAAACAAGAAAACAGUAAAAACCCUCACCUCAAGUACCUGCUUUAGUAGCUGCACCAACAACCGCAACGUAAAUGAUUAUUGAAGGAGUGACGUGUCGCUUUUGAUUUCGUGCCGUUUUGAAUUCAUUAAGCGAGUUUCCAUUUAUUGCCAAAGUAAUGGAUGUUAGACGACGCAAGGAGUCCGAUGGGGACAGGCAGAAGCUAGUGCCACCGACCGAGGCAUACCAUGAGGAACGUCAUGAAAAAACAGAUAUACGCGGUGACAGGGGCAACAUAGCAAUUCUUCUUUUCCUGUAUAUUUUACAAGGCAUACCGUUGGGUCUGAUAGCGGCCAUUCCAAUGUUGCUGCAGAAUCGGGGUGCCAGCUAUAAGCAACAAGCUGAAUUUUCAUUUGCCUACUGGCCCUUCAGUCUUAAGCUGUUGUGGGCACCCAUUGUGGACUCGCUUUAUGUAAAGAGCUUUGGACGUAGAAAAUCUUGGCUUGUGCCCUGUCAGUACUUGAUUGGUUUGUUUAUGCUAUUAUUGUCUUUUGUGGUGGAUCGUUGGUUGGGAGGUAAUGGCCUAGAACCGAAUGUACCAUUACUUACAACUCUUUUCUUUUUGCUCAAUUUUUUGGCCGCCACGCAAGAUAUUGCUGUGGAUGGCUGGGCUUUGACCAUGCUUAAGAGAUGUAAUGUGGGCUAUGCCUCUACUUGUAAUAGUGUGGGACAAACGGCUGGUUAUUUUUUGGGUUAUGUGGCUUUUAUAGCAUUGGAAUCGAAAGACUUCUGUAAUACCUAUUUGCGUACUGUUCCUCGUGAUGAAGGUAUGGUAACUCUACCAGAAUUCUUGUGGUUUUGGGGAAUAUGUUUUCUAGUAGCCACCACGCUUGUGGCCAUAUUUAAAAAGGAAAAUGAUAUAAAAGACGAUCAUGCGGAAUCGAGAUACAACGAGGAACAUGAGCUGAAUAUUUAUGAAAGUUAUAAAAUUCUUAUUGACAUGGUGCGCAUGCGUCCCAUACAAAUACUGGCUGGCAUUUUAUUGACUGUGAAAGUAACUUUUGCUGCCUGCGAUGCAGUCACAUCACUCAAACUAAUAGAUGCAGGGGUACCCAAAGAGAAGCUGGCUUUGUUGGUGGUACCCAUAAUUCCCUUACAAAUUAUAUUGCCUCUAGUGGUGAGUCGUUAUACAAACGGCCCGCGUCCCAUGGAAGUUUAUGUCAAAGCCAUUCCUUACCGUAUCUUUUUCGCGUCAUUGGCGGCUGUUAUUGCCUAUUUAACACCCUAUAUUAUAGCUGGUGGCGAAGUGCCAGUUUACUAUUACGUCCUGCUUGUUGUCAAUUACGGUAUAUAUCAAAUCUUCCUGUAUUGUAUGUUUGUAGCUGUGAUGGCAUUUUUCGCCAAGAUAUCAGACCCUGCCGUAGGAGGCACUUACAUGACAUUCUUGAAUACACUUUCAAAUCUUGGCGGUAACUGGGCAAACACUGUAAUAUUGUGGCUGGUUGAUGUGCUAACUUGGAAGGCCUGUAUCAGACCAGACGAAACUGUUGUCGAAGACAAUAUUUGUCUUACAAAAACACAAAAGGAGGAAUGUACCGCUGCUGGUGCCGAGUGUAGAAUAGUAUUUGAUGGCUUUUAUAUUGAAUCAAUAGUGUGUUUGGUUUAUGGUGUUAUCUGGUUGAUUUGCGUACGUAAAUGGAUAAAUUACUUGCAGAAUUUACCCACUAGAGAUUGGCUGGUGGUAAGCCCUAAAAAUUCCCCUGCUGCCAAGUCAAGGUAGCAAUUCAUUGUAUGACAUCAAGAGGCUACCAACUGAAUGUUAGAAAUGUUAAAUAAUUAGUUAAUUAUUCCAUAGUAUCCUAUUGACUACAACACAAAUUUUAGUUCAUUUGUUUUUUUAAAUUACGUUUUUGCUUUGGAAACGUACCUGUAUAGUACGAAUAUUUAAAACAUGCCAAUCCUGAUGCCACAGGACAUAUUAUAUCAGUCAGUAUAUAUAAACAUCCUAAGGUGUGUUUGUAUAUAAUUAAUAUAAGCUUGACCUUCUUUUCCAUAGUAAUUACAUUAUUUAGGUUAUCGUCUUAUUUAUUAGUUAUUUUUAAUAUAAAUUAUGAAAAUUGUAUGUAAUCAGGUUCCGAAUAAAAUAAAGAAAAUAAAUAGACAUUGAUUUGUUUUCAGCCUAGAA